AUGCUGGACGGCGUCGGUCGCACCCUGGGCACCCUGGGCACCCUGGGCACCCUGGGCACCCUGGGCACCCUGGGCACCCUAGUGACGCCCCGACUGGGGCAGGGCUCGGACUGGGGCUCGGACUGGGGCUCGGACUGGGGCUCGCAUCCCCAGCACAGAGCGGUGGACGCGGACCGCGCCGACGUCGUGGACGCCGGGCCGUGGCUGGCCGCCAACCGGUCCCUCGAGACGGAGGAGGUGUGCGCGCUGCAAGCCUCUCUCCGGCCCACCCCCGCGGGCCUGCACUGCGCCUCGGCCUUCGACGCCAUCCUCUGCUGGCCGCCCACCGGCGCGGGGCUGCUGGCCGAGCAGCAGUGCUUCGACGAGCUCAACGGCGUCAAGUACGACCCCGCAGGCCUGGCGUCGCGGUGGUGCCUCCCCAACGGCACCUGGUCGCGCUACUCCAACUACACGCUGUGCCGCGAGCUAGCCCCGCCGCUGGGGCCAGAGGCGCCCGAGGCGUGGUGGGCCGUGGAGCUGACCCACGUCGUGUACCAGGUGGGGUACGGCAUGUCCCUCGUCGCCCUCUUCUUCGCCGUGCUCAUCUUCGUGUCCUUCAAGGACCUGCACUGUCUACGAAACUCGAUCCACUCCAACCUCAUGUGCGCCUACAUCCUGGCGGACUUCACGUGGAUUCUUAAUUAUUCAAUUCAGACUGAUUCCACCGAGUGCGUUUGCUUGCUCGUGCUCUUCCACUAUUUUCACUUGACUACAUUCACGUGGAUGUUCGUGGAAGGGCUGUACUUAUACAUUCUGGUCGUGGAGACGUUCACUCGGGAGAACGUCCGACUGCGGUGCUACAUUCUCAUCGGCUGGGGGUCGCCGAUGGUGUUCGUGACGCUGUGGGUGCUGGUCCGCUGCCUGACGCCGUCGCCGGAGCCACAGGGCCCCGCCGAGUCGCUGCUGCGCCACUGCACCUGGAUGAUCGCGCACUGGUCCGACUGGCUGUACCAGGCGCCCGCGCUCGUCAUCCUGGCCGUCAACUCCGUGUUCCUCAUCGUCAUCAUGUGGGUGCUCAUCACCAAGCUGCGGUCCGCCACGUCGUUGGAGACGCAGCAGUCCCGGAAGGCCACCAAGGCCCUGCUGGUGCUGAUCCCGCUGCUCGGCAUGACGUACGUGCUCACCAUGGCCGCGCCGCCCGACGACGCCACCGGCGCGGCCGUCUACUCCACGGCCAGGGCGUGCCUGCUGUCCACCCAGGGCUUGAGCGUGGCCCUGCUGUACUGCUUCCUGAACGCCGAGGUGCGGCGCGCCCUGCACCACCGCUGGCACCGCUACAGGGAGUCCCGCGACCUGGCGGCCAGGCCGUGCCCCGCCUGCGCCAAGGACUGGUCGCCGCGGUCGCGCACCGAGAGCAUACGGCUGUACUGCCCGCCGGCGACGACGGGCACGGGCGGCAGCGGCAAGCGGGAGUCGACGGCCAGCCAGAACACCACGACCACGCUGCUCGGACACCAGCUGGCGCUCCACCACCAGGCCCACCACAACGCCGUCGAGCACACUGUCUAGGCCGUCGAGGCCCUGGACUCUGGCACGGAGCACGGCCGGCCGCCGAGCCCCACCGCCCACCGCACCUCGGCCAGCCUCCUUGCCCUCUUCCACCGGCCGUCUGUCGGCUGCCCCGGGGUCUUCAGAAUAAAUUUGAAUUGUUUUCGCGGGGGAUAGUCCGGAGGAGUUUGAGAUAACACACUGGGAGUCGCAAACGCCUACAAUAACAGCGCGAUGGCCAGUGCACCGGAACGUCGGCGUAGCCAACACAGCCAAGUCGUGCUUGAAUCUCUUGCAGAAGAAUUUGAGUUCGUUCACUUCGAAUGAGGACGUGUUGUCUGUCAAGUGGAUCCCGUGGACCGUAUGGGCGAGGACUGUGGACCAUCCCUGUUGUGGGUUUAGUACAAAUCCAGUGAACCCAAAACCACAUAAACACUGUGUACCCUGUGUGGACCAUGAGUUGAAUGGAAGAAUCUGUUUGAAUGAGUAACUAGUGUGAAAGUUAGUUUUUUACAAUAAAAUUAAAGCUACAAAAACACGCAAAAAAAAAUUUGCUUGCUUUGAUAAAGGCAUAAUAUUUUUUGCCCAUUUGUUUCACAAAACACAGUUGUUACCUUUCCAUUAUUUAUUUUUGUGCUAAUACCUAAAAAACUUGUGUUUAUGUUCGUUUUUCUCAAUUUGCCUUCUCAAAAAACAACUUUUACUAUCAAGAUAUUUACACCAUACUCAGGUAAUUGGCGAACAGCAAAACAUGUUUUGUGAAACAAUCAACAAGGAGACCAGGGGGCUCCGUUUCCCUUAUCUCCACACUUUAUGAUCUCUUUGCAAGAAAGCCAAGUACAUCACAAGCAAGCAUUGUAAUAUAUAAAUAAUAAUAAAUGAAAUAUUAGAAAUUUCAGCACCAAAAUACAUUGUUUUGUUUCUUUGUAAAUAUAUUUUGUUAAGUGCUCUUCUAGAAUAGUUAUUAAAUAAGUGUAAAAAAAUAUAAAUAAAUUCACUGUUUUCCACA